AUGAUUCAUCAUAUCACAGAGGAAGAUACUGUAAGCACAUUGGGGAAAAUGGUGAUGGUGGUAUGGCUUUUUCUAUUGAUGGUGAUCACAUCAAGCUAUACCGCAAGCUUGACUUCAAUCCUUACACUUCAGCAGCUUUCUUCACCCAUCACCGGUAUUGAUAGCCUCAUUGCAACUAACUCACCUAUUGGAUACCAAGUAGGCUCCUUUGUUUACAACUACCUGACUGAGAUUCUCUACGUACCGAGCUCAAGACUUGUUUCACUGCGCAAUCCAGAAGAGUUUGAAAGAGCUCUACGGCGAGGGCCAAGGAACGGAGGCGUGGCAGCUAUUAUAGAUGAGCUUCCGUAUGUUGAGUUGUUUCUGUCGGAACGAACUGAUUUUGGGAUCAUUGGCCAGCCAUUUACCAAGAGUGGAUGGGGAUUUGCUUUUAAAAAAGAAUCUCCCCUUGCUUUGGACAUGUCAACAGCGAUCUUGAAACUUUCUGAAAGCGGAAAACUUCAGGAGAUCCACAAGAAGUGGUUUUGUAAGAUGGGUUGUCCUGGUGAGAAGGGACAGGACGUUGAGCCUAACCAACUUCACUUGAUCAGCUUCUGGGGUCUAUAUCUACUAUGUGGUUCAAUUGCUCUUGCUGCUCUUCUAGUAUUUCUUCUUCAAAUGGUUUGCCAAUUCAUCCGGUACAAACGCCGGCAGAGGAAUCUUUCCUCUUCUCCAUCCUCGAGAUCAUCAAGCAGUCGAUGGUCCGGCAUCAUCUAUAGCUUUUUCGACUUCGUUGAUGAGAAGGAAGAAGCAAUCAAGAGCAUAUUUUCUCAGUCUCACCCACCUCAAGAUCAGACUGGUUGAUCACAAAAAUUCGAUGAAAACUAUAAAAUAUAGAGUUACACUAAAUAACGUUGUAUAGUAUGUAUUAUGUGACUCUUCUCUGUAUCUUAAUUGUGGUUACAGGGAUAGCUUAACAGUAAUUCAACACCUGACUCCACUAUUAUAAGAUGAUGAGUUUGAAUCUUCCGCUCCGCCUCCAAGUAUUAAAAAGAAAAAUUGGGACAGAGGAAAACAAUAGAUAACUGUAUGGCAGUAAUGACAGUACAUAUAUACAUA